AUGGGUGCAAUUACUUGUUACACUGGUAUGUCGCGCGUACCAAACGUCUCGUCCAUCUUGAUUUACGCGCAAUGCGCGGAUAUUUUAUGCAACAAGCAGCUGCGAAUGGAAUUAAACCCCAUAUCGAUUAAAUUGGAACAAAUGUCAAAAUUCCCGGACAACGUAGUAAUUGGAAACGGUUUUAAUUAUCUUUACGCAAAAAUUCUCUUUGUCGAUCGCGCGAUCGUUACGCCGUAUUAUGUUCCUGCCCGAACAAUAUACUUCGAAUUUGUCAAAUGCUUCCUGAGCGACGAAUUUCCCGCAGAAAAUUUAAUCAGCUUCCUGGGAACACAAUUCCUCACCGUUGAAAUAAUCGGUAUACGAACCAUAAAUGUUGCCAAAUCCGAUUUCAACGCCGCGACAAACGUGAAAUCACCGAGAGCGUUAAUAAUAUCUGAUAAAGAGGAGGUUCUCCUCGGCGUUGCGACCUUUGAUGUAUCAGAGCUUAUAAGAGGAUCGUGGGAGGUCAGAUUAACGAGCGGUUUGUCUCAUCCUCGCGAUAUGUACUGUAUCGGUAUUGACGAUGAUAGUGACAAAGGACUCGAAAAAGUGUCGAGGACAAAUUCUCCGCUUACCAGUGAAAUUCUGACGUCAUUUGGUACUUGCAUAAAGAUCAAAGUUCGCGCGGCUUAUGAUCUACGGCCGGUUCAUCGAAAUGUCCUGCGGCAUGUUAUUACACUGAACAGAAUUUUUCUGAUUUUGAACGAUUUUAAACUAGCUAACGACAUCUUGGCAGAUGUAUUUUCUCAUAAUUUAAAUUUACUUUGUACCCUUCAAAUUUCGAACGAGGAUAAUGACUUACAGAUAGAAGAUACGUACAAAAAUAUUUUAACCGGUUUCGCGAUCGAUUGCCGCGACAAAUUCUUCAUCUUCCUUGAGGGUUUAUCCAGAGGAUACUUAUUGCAAAUUUGGGAAAAUGUGGCGAAGCUUCCAACCGAAGAUGGCUACGUUUAUUAUAACAGCAGUAGCGUAUUUCUCGCGCGACUUUACGAAGAUUUCGUGCCUCUAGGUGGAGUUCUCAAGAUCAAACUGAGUGAGUCGCUGGAGGCGCAACUACAGAAGCAUGGCCUGUACGUCGGUAAAACGGGAACAAUGCUUCGGUCCAAAGCCACGAGAACAAUCGGAAUGACGACGUUGGCGUUGACCAUGAAAUCCCUAUGUCAAGAAUGUUUGUUCCCGCGUCCGAAUUACAUAAAAGCUUUCAUGGAUGAAAUUCGUGAAAAUUAUUUUGGAAGUUCUGGAUCUGUGUGA